CGAGACACGCUCACACGGUCAGAAAUGUCCAAAAGUGAAAAAAUCCACACUCUCGCAACGUAUUUCGAUUCAAACAUUGCGUUCCUAAAGUUGACGGCUUUCUGGAUUUAUGACGACGAAACCACAAGACGCAAGAAAUACUUGCAACAUGCCUAUAACAUUUUUUGGAUCUUUUACUUGUUUGUUGCUUACCAACCGGCAGAACUGCUUUAUGUCUAUUACAGUUUCAAUGACUUGAGCGUUUUUCUGCGAGCUUUGCGCGAUAUCGGCAACCACGUCUCGCUGGCGUACAAAGCUUUCAAUUACUUCAUCAUGCGGAGAGAUAUUUUGAAGUUGAUGGAAACGCUCCAGCACGGCAAUUACCAUUACGAGGAUUGCGGGGAUUUUCAGCCAAAACUGAUUGUGGACGAGGAGAAGAAGGAGGCUUUGAAGUGGACGAAAUACUUUCUAAACUUUUGCAACGCGAUUUGUUUGAGCAUGUUUGCGAACGGCGUAUUCACGUUCAUUUUCCUGAGUGACAAACAAUACGUUGAAAGGAACGGUCAGAGGGUUUACCACCAGGAACAGCCAGUUAACACAGUCUCGCCGUUCGGUUCCGGGACUAAAUUACGGUUUUUCGUCACUUUUAUCUACACAAUGAUCGCGUUAACGUUUUACGCGUGGACGAUUGUUGCCCUCGACUCGCUUUUUAUCACGAUAAUGAGCUGCAUCAGUAGCCACCUCAAAAUACUACAAGGGGCGUUCAAAACUGUUCGAGCCCGUUGUAUUAUGCGGACGCGAGCCGAAAGACUCUUGAAAGAGGAGACUUUACAUGACCCCCCUUUUUUGGAAAAUUGCGUCAACAAGGAAAUGAUUCGUUGCAUAAAACACCUACAAACCGUCCUCAGUGUUUCAGGGAAGCUUGAGUCAAUUUACAGCACGCAAACGUUCGUCCAGACGUUCAUUUCUUUGGGCGAAAUGUGCUUCUCGCUGUACCUCCUAAGCGAAACAGCGGAUCAAAACAUAGGAAAUGAAAUAACUUAUCUUAUUGCUACCGGCUUUGAACUCCUGAUGUACUGCUGGUUCGGAAAUAGAAUCACAGAGGCGAGUCUCAAAAUAUCUUACGCGCUGUAUGAGAGUGACUGGUUUCCGACAAGUCUCUCGUUCAAGAAACAAAUUAUCUUCACGAUGACAAGGAUGCAAAAGCCCAUCAAUGUCACCAUUGGCAAAAUUACACCCUUGGCUUUUAGCACUUUUCUUACUAUCGCACGAGGGGCAUACUCGUUUUUCACGUUUCUGAAGCAAAGACACGGCAUAAAUCACUGAAUAAAUAAAGAAAAAAAAUAAAAA